GCGCGGGCCUCGGAGGGGGUGCACAGUGUCACCGUACCCUGGCGGCUGGCGGACGCGCGAGCUCUCGCGUGUGACUGUCCGGACCUGAGUCGUCUGAUGGCGCCGCCGCCGCUGCGGCGCGGCAGCGCGAGCCAGCUGCCGGCGCACGCCGUCACCGAGGACACGCCGGCCGACAUGCUGCAGGGACAGAUGAGCCUGAGCGUGCUGCUGCCAGACGGCCGCCACUGCCGCAUCAGCGUGGAUCGCGGCACGCCAAUGAUGGACCUCCUCAUCCAGGUCACAACGGCCAAUAAAAUCAGCCCUGGGGGUCACGUGAUCCAGGUCAUAUCCGACCGGAGCCACAGCUGCCUCAGCUACAAGCCCAGCACACCAAUAGGCACGCUUGACACCACCGCUCUUCGGAUCGUGCCGAAGAACAAGCUGAACGAGCCCCCGAGCCGGCGGACCAAAGCGGCGCCGCACAACCCGCUGGCCGACGCCAAGAUCCGCAUCAAGGUGUAUUUGCCCCGCAAUCAGCUCUCGGCAAUGAGAGUCUCUCCGAAAACUCCUCUCGCGGAGGUUUUGGAUCAGAUAUGCAAGGAUAAGAACAUGGACGUCACGAGAUACGAGCUCCGGCACCCCGUGAACGUGGACGAGCGGCUGCGGCCGAGCUGCUGCCUAGCCGACUACAAGCUGCAGGAGGUGACUGUGGUGCCGCGCAACAGUCGAACAAACACGGUGCUGUCGUCGGCCGACAUUCUAGCAAUGCAGAAAAAGACGGACGGAAAGCGGAAGAUCUUCGCCAUCUUUGGCAAGAAAAGCAAGCCGUCGGUUGAUCGAGAGCACGGCGUCGUCGGACAGCCUGGGGGACCGCUCCGUGUCGCCGGACGGCUCGGAGGAGUCCCGCCGACCGGCCGCGGUCGCUCAGCCCGCAGCCGCAGGUCAUCCAGGCGCCACCCAGGUCUAAGAAGCGGGCAGCGCCCAAGCCACCGUCGCAGCCCAAUGGG